UAUUGGGUGAACAGUAGGCUAUUCGAGAAGACUUUACCAUACAGACAGACGUUGGCGCUCUCGAACACUCGACCGUGUUACCAUCAGAAAGGUGUAAUAAGUUGGUUAUAAGGAUUAUUAUUAAGUAGUUGUAACGGUGAAAGAACUGAAAAUUGUAACUGAAAAUGGGGAGAAAGAGGACAAGGCUCAUGAUAAUUAUCAGAGGACUCCCCGGAUCAGGGAAGUCAAAACGGGCAAGCAAUAUCCUGGAGGAGUAUGGGUCUGGAGAGGCCUUCAACACAGAUGACUACUUCAGGGAGAAUGGGGAGAUAGUUGGGAUCCAGGAGAAACUCCUGCACCAAGCUCAUGUCUGGAACCGCAACAGAGUUCUUGAAGCCAUCAGAAGUAAAGUCCAUCCGAUCGUGAUUGACAACACCAAUCUGGGUAAAUGGGAGAUGUGGCCUUAUGUCCGAAUGGCGUUUCGCCGUGGGUACUGGAUCGAGUUUGAGGACCUCCCUGUCAUUCCAUUAGAGAUUCUCUUCAGCCAUUGUAAGGGGACGAUCCCCAUGGAGAAGUUAGAGAGGAUGAAGGAAGGUUAUGAGCCUGUGAACAAAAUGUGGCACGUCCUCCAUGACAAGAAAUCCAGACGGAAGUGGAUGCCCAGCUCAGAGAGACUGCAGAACCACUGGUGAUCAGGAGACCAAUACCGUGUGUGUGUGUGUGUGUGUGAGAAAAAUCCUCCCUCGUGGGGACAUUUCCCACAUGCCCAUGAGGAC